AUUUUUUACCUCAACCCGACAUCCCCCUAAUUACACCAUCUAUAUUACUGAUGACUGGAAAACCCACCGCUUUACCAAUUCGAUCCCCGCUCAACCAACUCUAUUCCAUUCCGCCGCUUUCAUCAUGCCUUAUUGCUUCCUCCUCUCCUCCUCCGCCACCGUCCUGUCUAGAUGUCGCUUUUCGUUGAUCCCAUGCUAACCUCGGUGCAAGUGUGCCCGCCGUUGCACCUUUCUGUCCUGUUGGGGCAGCUUGGUUAUUUGUUUGGUUGUUGUUGAUCCAACGGUUUAGCUUUCGCGUGGUGGACGAUCGGUACUUGCGAUCUUAUACUCUCGCCUUCCGGUCCAGGAUCUUCCUGGUUUGAUCGAUUUUAGCUGUUCAACGAUUGGACAACGCAAGAGAAAGGGAAAAAAAGAACAAGACAAAGUUAGGAAGGAAGACAACAGGGGAAGCGAGAAGGGGCUCGGAAAGGAGAGAAGGAAUUGAGAAGUGAAGUGAAGAAAAAAGAUCAAAAAGAAGGAACAUAAAGGAGACAGAAGAAGAAUAAGAUGGUCAAAUACAACUUCUUCCCCGCCGUCUAUCGGUGGGGAAAGGACACAAAGGCGCGCAUUCCGAUCAUCAGGGAUAUCCACCUGAACUUUAUCCUCCUGCAUUACACCUACAUCAUCGCCAUGGCCAUCAUCACCUCCAUCAUCAUCUAUCCCGGCAACGACCUCGCCUACAUCGAUGCCCUGUUCUUUUGCGCCGGCGCCGCCACCCAGAGCGGCUUGAACACCGUCGACUUGAACCUCCUCCACACCUACCAGCAGGUCAUCCUGUACUUCACCUCCAUGGUGACCACCCCCAUCUUCAUCCACACCGUCCUCGUCUUCGUGCGCCUGUACUGGUUCGAGAAGCGUUUCCAGCAUGUCGUCAGCGACGCUCGCGCCUUUCGCCACACCCGCUCGCGCGUGCGCACCAUGACCGCGGACAAGGACAACCAGACAUACGACCGAGAGGAGGCCGGGGUGCGGAAUCGUCCCGUCACCACGCUGCGGAACGUCCCCGAGGACAGUCGGGAAUCCGACCACGAUGGCCAUACCUUAAAAUCCCCGGAUGACAGCGACUCGGCGUCCGGGUCGCACGACGAUCCGGAAUCGCCCUCGGAGGAACCGAACCGUCACAUCCAGCGCAAGAUGGGCCUCGGGAUGAACAGCCUGCGCGUCCCCGCGCGGCUGAGCCCCGAACACCACAUCGCCUUCCUGGAGAAUCAGCGGAGGGACACGGGCGCCUUGCGAAUCCCCAGUCCCCGGGAGUAUGACCGAGGCGGGGUCCCCCAGGCCCUCGAGGAGACGGUCCGGGGUCCCCCCAUCCAGCGGACGUCGAGCGGCCAGUCGACCCGGAGCCCGCGCGACACGCAAGACGACGGUUCAGAUGAGGAGGAGGAGGAGGAGGUGGACGAGGGCGAGGACGACGUCGGCCCGAUGGAUGGCCCACACAUCACCAUCAACGAACCGGAGAUGAUCCGGUCCCGGACGCGGAAUUCCACCUUUCCCCGACUCGACACCCGACCGACGGUGCGCGAGACGACAGACGGGAACGACGGGAACGAGCCGUCGUCGCCAGUAGCGCGCACCACCACCCGGCGGCCCACCGUCAGCGGGAUCUUCCGCUCCCUGACACAGGAGAAGGACCGGUCCACGCAGCCGUACCUGAGCUGGAACGCCACGGUGGCGCGGAAUUCCAACUUCGUCGACCUGACCGAGGAACAACGGGAUGAACUGGGCGGCAUCGAGUACCGGGCGUUGAAGACGCUCGCCGUCAUCCUAAUGUCCUACUACGUGUGCUUCCACCUCCUGGGCAUCGUCUGCCUGGUCCCAUGGAUCAUGACUACCCACUGGGGCCAGGCCGUCGAGCUUAUCGGCCAGGGACGGCCCUGGUGGGCUAUCUUCAUGUCGGGGUCGGCCUUCAACGACGUAGGGUUCUCCAUCACGCCGGACUCGAUGAUGUCCUUCCAGUCGGCCAUUUUCCCGCUGCUGCUCAUGACCUUCCUGAUCAUCAUCGGCAACACCGGCUUUCCCUGCAUGCUGCGGUUGAUCAUCUGGGUCAUGGGGAAGUUUACCCCGCACUCCAGCCCCCUGUGGGAGGAGCUGCAUUUCCUCCUGGACCACCCGCGGCGCUGCUUCACGCUACUGUUCCCACGCAACGCCACCUGGUGGCUCUUCGCCAUCCUGGUGGCCCUGAACGGGAUCGACCUGAUCUUCUUCAUCAUCCUGGACUUGAACGACGUGGCCGUCACGGCGCUGUCCACGGGCAUCAAGAUCGUGGACGGCCUGUUCCAGGCGGCGUGCACGCGGACCGCGGGGUUCAGCGUGGUGUCGCUGUCGGACUUGCACCCGGCCGUGCAGGUCUCCUACCUGAUCAUGAUGUACAUCUCUGUCUUCCCGAUCGCCAUCUCCAUGCGGCGGACCAACGUCUACGAGGAGAAGAGCCUGGGGAUCUACGGGGGGGCGGCGGACGAUGAGGACGCGGACCCGGACGCGGAAGAGACUCAGACGGCGCCGAGCUACAUCGGGGCGCACUUGCGGCGCCAGCUGAGUUUUGACUUGUGGUACGUCUUCCUCGGGCUGUUCAUCAUCACGAUCGUCGAGGGGAACCGCAUCAAGCGCGAGGACCAGUACUCGUUCCAGGUCUGGGAGGUGCUGUUCGAGAUCGUGUCCGCCUACGGCACCGUCGGCCUGUCGCUGGGCUACCCGGGGAGCAACACCUCCUUUUGCGGCCAGUUCAAGGUGAUCUCCAAGCUGGUGAUCAUCGCCAUGCAGGUCCGCGGCCGGCACCGUGGCCUGCCCUACUCCCUGGACCGAGCCAUCCUGCUACCGUCCGAGCACCUGAACCAGAAAGAGGUGGUGGACGCGGAGCGCCGCAUGCGCCGGCGGGCGUCGAGUCUGGGCCAGGCGGCGACCCUGGACCGGCAGACGUCGCAGUCUCAGGGAGACAACAUCGCCUCUGGUACAGAUGCCAAAGAUCAGAACGAAGCCUAUCUCCGACGACAGGGCACUAUGCGGUCCCAACGUUCCCAGCGUUCUCAGCGAUAGUUUUUAUUCUUCUUAUUAUUUAUUUUCUUUCCUGUCCAAAAUUUGUGGGUAUAGAGGGGUUAGGGAUUGUGUUUGUGUACUUUAUCACUGCCACUUGAGCCUGUUUAAGCCUGUUUUGAGCGUGUUGAUUGAAUUGCUCUUCUAUUACUCCUGAUGGAUGUACAUACUACUAUACUUCUCUACGGCCUCGCGUAUAUCCACUGGUGGAUUUAUCUUUGAUUUCUUAUUUCUUCUCUUUCACUUCUUUUCUACUCUAUGU